AUGGAAAUAAUUAUUGCAAUUGUGUUAUUAUUUCUUAUUAAACUAAUAUACUGUAAUAAUCAUAAUGAAUAUAUUUCUUAUGAUAAAACUUAUGAAUAUUUAGUAGAUAUUUCCAAAAACAAUAAUAGGUUAAUAUGUGUAGAAAAAGAAUAUAACAAUUUAAUAUAUUAUACACACAAUAAUGAAUGUGAUCCACAUAAUACUUUUAGCUUUUCUUUUAAUUCUACAUUUAAUUUUGACGACGAUUUUUAUAUUUAUUAUAAAAAUAACAAAAAUUCUUUUAUUGAAACUGAAAUAAGUCCAUAUAUGGCUAUAGGGUCAUGUAUAAAUUGUUUAUUUUUGGAUGAAAUAAAUUUAUUAAGUUUAUAUGGAUAUACAUUUAUAUAUAAUAAUUCAGACGACUAUUAUUAUAAAACCUAUUACAAAGAUAUCCUAGAUUUAUAUCAUGAUUCAUAUUUUGAUAAUAAUAAAAAUAGUACUUUUUCGAAUCUGAAUGAAGUUAACCCAUUUGAAAAUGAAACGGGAAAUGAAACGGGAAAUGAAACGGGAACUGAAACUGAAACAAGUAUAAUGCCUUAUAUUUGGGGAGAAGAUAAUAAAACCAAACUAGAAAUAGAUUCAACAAAUGGAUUGCAUAAUAGUGAAAUAGAAAAGUUAGAUAAAUUCUUAAAAGAUAAUACGAUACAUUAUGCAAAUGAUGAAACAAAUAAAGAAAAUACCAAUACAUCAAAUUUUUAUGAUUAUUCUUUGAAUAAAAAAAUUAUAAAUGAUUUUUUUAUGAAUUUUAAAGAAACAUCAAGAAUGCAUGAAUAUACAAAUGGAAAAAUAUUUCUUGAUAAUAACAAAGACAUAUCAUUUAUUGAUACAUUAACUAAUAUUAUAUAUAAAAAAAAUGAAUGUAAAAAAUAUAUGAAAGAUAUAAAUAAACAAAAAAUAUGGUCUAAUAUUAUUUUUAUUAAUUUCACAAAAAAUUUAAAUAUUUUAUCACAUAUUAAGAGAUAUAGUGGAACAUAUAGACAACUUAAAGAUAUAUCAUUGAACAGAAUAAAUACUGAUAAAACAAGAAAUAUAAAUAAUAAUUUUAAAAUUAAUGAAUAUAUAAAAACUAUACUUGAUUUAAAUAAUAAAGAAUAUUUAAUAAACAACAAUCUUUUUAUUUUAUUAGCAAAUGACGAUAUUAAACAGUUAGAUGAAAUUAUAUUUUGCUCAAAAGAUAAAAAUAAUUAUUCUCCUUUAUUUUAUAUUAAUAAUAAAAAUAUAUCUAUAGAAUAUGAGAAUAUCAAAAAUAAAUAUAUGUCUACUAAUGGAAAUAAUUAUGUUUUUUUGAUCAAAGUUUUAUUUUUUAAAAAAAAAAUUAAAUUAAUUUUAGUUGAUUAUAUAAGAGGUGUUAGUGAUCCUAUGAAAUUAGCUAUUCCAUUUUUUUAUUUUGCUACUCAUUCUUAUUUUUCACAAUUUGUUCAUUUUUUUAUAAAAGACAAUUUGAUAGGUUGGAUUCAGAAAAGCAAGGUUCUUUACUUAACGUCAAUAAAAAAAAUUAUAUCAUAUCUAGCUGAAAGUACCAUUUAUAGCAAAAAAAAAUAUGAUGUUAUUUCAGUGGAAAAUAAAAUAAUAUCAAAUAUAUUUUUACUAGAUUUAUGCCAUUCAAUAUUUAAGUUUAUAAUAUUUGGAAGGUAUAACCCGAUAAAAGAUUAUUCAUUAUAUAAAUCUAUAAGUUUCGAAGCAAUUUUGUUAAAUAUGAUAAGUACAUUUAAAUUGGAUGAAUUAAGAAAUUAUAAAAAAUAUUUUGAAAAAAUUACAAAAAAAGAAACGAAUAAUAUAAUUAAUUUAAAAAAAAUAAAAAGAAUGGAUGUUUUUGAAAUUAUAGUUGUACCAUCUAAUAGUUAUAUUCAAUUUCAAAAAGUUUUAUCAAAUCUAUUUAAAGCUAUAUUUGAUUGUGGAGGUAAACAUGUUUCAAAAAUAUUACAAAUUGCAAUCCCACGAGCACACUAUGAUAUGUUAUAUAGUUUUAAUUGUUAUAAUUACCAAUUACAUAGUUUUUUAGUUAAUCUUCUAGAUCUUCAUAAUUAUUAUUAUGAGCAUGCUGAUGUGGACAAUUUAUUCAAAGAGAGUCAUAAUAUUCUCAAACAAUUGAUCAAUCUUUCUUUGGAUGAAAUGGUCAAUUUGAUUCCUUUCAAUGAUGAUAAAAAUCUUAUAAAAUAUUUCAUUAUUAUUCUUUACUUUGGAAAUGAUAUGUUCUGCUUGGAUAAAGAGAAUUCAACAUACAUACAACUUAUACAUGAAUUGAGAUAUUUGAACAUAUCACAUGCAAUAAUGAUUGCGUAUUUAUCUGGAGAUAAAAUUGGAACCCUUUGUUUAUGGGAAACAAAAAAUGAAGAAAAGAAUGAAAUAGUAGAUUAUAGAAAACGUAUUUAUGAUGUUCCAAAUAUUCUUGAAAUGAAAUAUACUACAUUCCCAGAUUUUAAUAUAUAUUUGAAAAAAGUUGGGAUUGAUAGUUCAAAUAUUAUAGCAUCAACAUCUAUGUUUUUAAAAAGAUUUAAUAAUAUAUAUUUUGGGGAUAUACAUCUAAUAAUAGAAAAUACACAUAAAUAUGUGGUAAGCAUAUUUUUAGUUUCUUUUAUGGCAAGUGUUGUUUUAAUUGCUGGAGAACUUGUAAAAGAUUUGAAAAGGAUUUAUAUAUAUAGAAUAUUUAAAAAUAUAUUUAUACAGAAUUAUGCUUAUAAUAUAACAAAAUAUUACACAUUUUGGAAUACAAAAAUAUAUGGAUUUUCUCAAUAUGAACCUGAAUGCAUGUUACUAUUUAAUAAAUAUAACUUAUAUGAAAAAUAUUACAAUACUAGUUCUACACUUAUUACUGAUUCAUUAAUCUCUCAAAAUAUAGUCAGUUUAAAAAAAAAAAUAAUAGACAAAAAAAAUUAUAUCCCCAAAAAUCAUAAUUUUGAGUAUGAGCAAGAUAGUCCCUCUACUCUAACUAGCAAAAAUAAAAAAAGUAUGCUUUACCAAAAUGAAGAACUUAUAAAAUAUUUUUCUCAAAAAAAAAACAGCUGUUUAUGUGAUAAAAAUAUGAUUAAUAAAUCGAAAGGGGAAUAUGUUGUAAGUGAAUAUUUAGAACUUCGAUACAAAUUUAUGAACAAAAUAAAAAAAACUAAUACAAAAUUAUAUAAAAAAAUGUUAAAUUAUAAUUUUUUUAAUGAUCCUUUAGAUAUAUCAUAUAAAACAAAACAUUUUGAAAAUGAACAAUUAAUAGACAUAUGUAAAGAUAUCAAAUUCCAAAAAAAUAAUUUAUGCUUAUUUCAUAAAUCAAGAAUUAUAUUAACUUACUUAUAUUUAUUAUCAUCACAACCAGAUUUUAUAUUUUAUGUAAUAAGUCCAUUAGUUUUUAUAAAGCCACAAAAGUAUUGUGAUAAAUAUGAUAUACCAUUAGUUUUAAAUCAUAUGCUAAAAAAUCGAAAUUUUUAUAAAAAAAGUUCAAAAAUUUGUAUAAAUUAUGCAUUUGCACAUUUUAUAUCCGUAGGAGAUCAAACAAAAAACUUAGUCAUUACAGCAAAACUUAGUGGAACUAUGGUAAAUAUAAAUGCAAGCAAUUUAUUAUUACUUCUUCCUAUGAGUAAGCGGGUUGAUAUAUUAGAUUAUUCUCAAAAUAAUGAAUAUGAUAUUAAAGAAGAAAUAUUAAAUGAAUAUUUUAUAUUAGGUAACCCAUACACUCCUAUAAAUAUUAUUUCAUACACUUAUAAAGAAUAUGAUAAAAUUAAAAAAAAUUCUCAUGUUACUAUUUUAGGAGCUUUUAUAAAACAAAACGAUAAAAAUUUUGUUACUUAUCAUAAUAUUACUGAAAAUUAUGAUGCAAAGGCUGGUUGUUCGACUGGACACAUGUUUGAGUUAGACGGAAAAAUUAUGUGUUUUUGUAAUAUGUUAUCAACUCAUAAAAAUAAUGAAAAUAGUGAACAUAUCAAGGGUCAUACUUAUAAAAAUUGCAUAUAUCCAUUUUGUGAGCAAAGCAAACAAUUUUGCUAUCUAAAUGAAAAAUGUGUAGAUGGGAAAUGCGUUUGUAUUGAUGGAUAUUCAAGAAAUCCUAUGAGUUCUUUGUGUGAAAAAAAUAAUGAAUGUGUUUUAAAUUCAAAGGAUGUAUGUAAAGAUCCAGGAAUGUGUGUACUUGCAGAUAAUCGUUAUGUUUGUUUAUGUCCAUUCCCAUACGUUCGAGUAUUGAAAGAUUGCUUACAUCCAAUGACUGCAAUAAAAAUGAAGCUUAUAAUUUUUAGCAAUUUUAAAAACGAUUUUUCAAACGAUGAAAAUGAUGCUUUCAAAAAGGAAAAUUUCUACAUAAAUGUCUUUGGAUCUAUGCCUCAAUACAUUAAGGAGGCCAUCAAUAGUAUAAUUAAAACCGAUUUACGAUAUCGAAUUUACGUUAAACCGAUAAAAAAAUUUAAGCAUGGAAUAAAGACAACGGUAAUUAUAAAUCAAAGGACUGAUCCCAAUGAGCCCACUCCUAUUGAAGUAUUUAAUAUUUUUUUAAAUCAAUUAAGUGAUUCUCGAUCAGCUUUAAAUAAUGGAUUUUAUUCAUAUUUUGCCCGAUUUACAUAUAUCGAGUAUGUACAUGCUUUUUCAACAAAUGAACAUAUUUAUUCUUUUUAUGAAAGUUUCAUAAAACAUUUGCCAAAUUUUUUAAUCAAUAAUUUUAAAGUUGAUUUAUUUAACGAAACCUCUAUCUUUGUGUGUAUAAAUUUUAUGAUACUAAUUAUUGUUAUAUUUAUGUUGUUUUUUUAUUUUAUAUAUUCGUGCGUGAAAAAUAUGUUUAUACGAAACGGCCGAAUAAACACAUUUUGA